AUGAGUCAAGACGAUUUAAAUUUUAUGACAGCUACACAAUUAUAUGACCUGAGGUUGCACGAACAAAUAAACAAUUUACCAAAUUCGGAUAUUACUUUCGAUGAGGAUGAUAAUGUAGAUCUUAAUCAAGGGGUCAUUAAUAUGGAUCAUAAAAAAAUAACCAAUCAUUCUAUGAGAAGAAGUGCGAUACAAAUACUUACCGAACUUAAUGUAACAACUGAUCGUAUAAUGGCAUUUAGUGGAUACCGUUCAAUAGGAGGAGUUGCUUCAUAUCAAACAUUCACAAACCAAAUAAUGAAUAGCACUGUUUCAAUGAUUAUACCGAAUCAAGAUUCAAAUUCUUCACGAUUACCAUUGAAGUCUCUUCCAGUUAAUCACACUUCACGACCAAUUCGGUCUAAAACUUUUAAGCCAAAACCGUUUAAGCCAUAUGAUGCCUCGAAACCUUUUAUUAGCCCACUCAAAAAUGUUAAAGAGAAUGUCCAAAAGAAGGAUCAAAAGAAUAUUCUAGAGAGUGUUCAAGAGUGUGUUCAGGAGACAACUUCAUCUUUUAAUUCUGAUUCGGUUCAAGAUACAUCUAAUUCUGAUUUAGUUGAAAGUGCGCCUAAAAUUAUUGUUGAAAAUUGCAAUAAUUGCAAUAUUGACAUUAAAGUUUCUUUCAAUAAAUAA